CCCAUUUACAUUAAGAUUAAUACAACAAACAGGGCGCAAGAAGAGCAAACAUGGCCGACUUCACUGGCGGGAAGGAACUGAAAAAACGACGGUGAAAUUUUGGGUUGCCGCCAAUGAAAUUUCAGUCCCUCCAAAUAUUCAAUCCCAAUUCCGAAAUAGUUGGAGGGUUGUUGUUCUGUUUUGCCCUAAAUAUUUGAAGCUUGUCUGAAACCCGCCAUCCGGUCCACCGCCUAGUAUAAAAUUCAAAGGGAAAGCAAAAAAGGAAAAUAGAAAAAGAAAUAAGUACACACCAUACUCUGAAAACCCUGUGCGGAAUUCAGGAAUUUCCGGGAGUUAUGGCGGUAGAUGCAGCUGUAGGGAAUGUUAUUCUUUCUUCGCCGGCAAAGGGGGAUAAAUCCCCCGGAGUCGGGGUUGUUGGUGGCCGGAUUCAUGAUCCUGCCAAUGGCAGGACUUGCCAUCAGUGUCGUCAGAAAAUCAAGGAUUCUGUGGCAGUCUGCAAGAACCAGAGGAAUAAUAAACCAUGUACCAUUAAGCUAUGCCGUAGAUGCCUUUUGAACAGGUAUGGGGAGAAGGUGGAGGAAGUAGCUGCUUUAGGGGAGUGGAGUUGUCCAAAGUGCAGGGGCAUUUGCAACUGCAGUGUUUGCAUGAAGAAAAGAGGUCAUCAACCCACUGGUAUACUCAUCACUACAGCAAAGGAAACUGGAUUUUCUUCUGUUUCCGAAAUGCUGCUUAAAGGGGCACAGUUUUUCAAUCAUGAAAAAGUUGGUGCAGACAUGGUUGCUUCUUUUAAAAAGGACGUUGUCUUUUCACCCAGAAAGAGGGGGAAGGAAAAUUCUUUUAACGGCAAAGUAGAUGCGAAUUUACCCAAUUCUGUUGACAAGGAUUCCAAGAAAGUUAAGGGGGUGCUCAAUGGCAAUUUGGAGGAUAAUACCUCUUCCGAGGUUAUUAAUCAGGACGUUGAUAGGGAAGAAAGAGAGCAGGAAGGGCUUGAGGAUAUCCAUGACAAUAGUAGGAAUGCUGGUGUUUUAUCUAAUGAAACUGGUUCAUGUGUCUCUGAGAAGAGAACAAAAAAAAAGAAGCGUAAAAGAUUGGGUGAAAUGGGCAAUAGUAAAAACGAUCAAGAGAAUUUGGAGGAGAAAAAACCUAAAAAGUCGAGGAGGGAUGGGUUAGAGGAGAAUGAUGAUAGCAACAAGAAGGAUCUCACUUUAGCAAGGGGUACUAGACCAAGACAGUUGAAAGUUUCUGACAAAAUGUCCAACCAAGAGGCAGUCAAUAAUGGAAGUGAACUUGUAGAAAAUGCAAAAGGUGGGAUCACUUUUACCAGAUUGGAUAGGUUAGGGACCUUUGAAAAUGAUAAGGGAAAAGAAGAAGAGGGUAGCAAUACUGCAAAUACUAAGAAUUUCUUGAAGCACCAAACUGCUGAUAUUCCAUUACCAGUGGGAACAGAGUUGACAAGUGUGGCUGGAAUUGAUGUACGUGCAGAAGAUGCUGGCAAUGCCUUGCAGUUCUUAGAAUUCUGUUCUGUUUUUGGAAAGAUCCUGCAUGUGAGAAAAGGGCAACCAGAAUAUGUUCUUCAAGACUUAUUGCAUGGGAGAACUGCACGCCGAGGAAAAUUUUCUCUGACUGUCCAGUUUCACAUGCAUCUGCUAUCUGUACUACAGACUGAAGGAGACGAAUGUGCAACACUAAGUCCGACAUAUGGGAAAAACUCAUGGUUCAAUAUGCUCAAGAAAUGCUUGUCUGGGGCUCAAAGUGUUCUUAAAGCACUGGGGUUGGAUUCUUUACAGAAUGCAGUUGAUUAUGAGACUUUAGAUGCUUCAGAAAAGCUUAGAGUCUUAAAUCUUCUAUGUGAUGAAGUUCUUAGAACUAAAAAGAUGAGGAAUUGGAUAGAAGACCAAAACACAGAACUUGCUGAAAAGGUGAAGGAAGCUAAACAAAAGGUUCUUGCUGCACAAGACAAGGAGAAGAGUUUGAAGCAGAAGAUGAAAGAUGACAUUGCCAAAGCAAUUAUUGCUAAGGAUGGUGCUCCUCUUUCAAUUUCUGAGCAUGAAGCCGUUGUCUCCCAUAUUAAAUCUGAGGCAGCUGAAGCUCAUGCCGAGGUGCUUGAGUCAAAGAGCAUGCUCCUGAACGGAAAUCAGACAUCUGAUGCUGUAAGAAUACAGCCUGUCUUUGUGGGGCAUGGGGGUCAUGUUUACUGGAAAUUGAGCUGUUCUGGAAAAACUGACGUGCUGCAUCAAAGUGUUGGAAAAGGGGAUGCUCUCACCUUAGAUGAAAAAUGGUUUUCUCUCGAUGCUGAUGCAAAAGAAACGAUUGAGAAGCAUAUUAAUUCCUUAAGGGGAAAGAAGCUAAGGGUCUGAAGGUCCCUGUUAAUUUUGGGUCCUGAACAGAAUCUGGUGCUGUGCCAGUAGCUCGUGGACCUGCUAAAUUGCAUGUUAAUGCCGCGGGGAUAGGCUGCUAAUAUGUUUAUACCUGAAUCAGAUCAUUAAAGAUGUAUUUUUUUUGGGCACAUUCAGUCCAUUUUCUUAUGUAUAAUUUCCUGGAAAGACUUGCUUUUCUUGCAGGCAACAUUCAUGUAUUAGAUAAUAUGAUAUAAAUGAACAAAUACAUAGUUUUCCUUGUAA